UCCACCAAGUGACAAACCCAAAACCAACCAUCAACAUGUUCAAAUUCGCUGCUAUCUUCUUCGCUGUUGUGGCUGUGGCUGCUGCCAAGCCCGGAAUCGUGGCUCCUCUGGCCGCCGCUCCUCUGGCUUAUACCGCUCCGGCUGUGGUGGGCAGUGCCGCCUACGUGGCGCCCUACGCCUCCAGCUACACCGCCAACACGGUGGCCCACAGUGCCGCCUUCCCCGCCGCCUACACCGCCCCCAUUGCCGCUCCUCUGGCCGCCGCCUAUACCGCUCCAGUUGCCGCCGCUUACACCGCUCCCAUUGCUCCUCCUUUGGCCGCUGCCUACACCGCUCCCUACACCCGCUUCGCCGCCCCCUACGCCGCCGCCUACACCUCCCCCCUGGCCUACAGCUCGCCCUACUUGGCCCGUCCCUACGUCGCAGCCGCUGCCGCUCCUCUGCUGCUGAAGAAGUAAACCAACUGAUUGUGAACUAAAAGGAGAAUAUUACCCCGUGAGCUUGGCUCAUGGUUUGGUUUUUAUUUUCCUCGAAACCCCCAAACUUGUGAUG